ACAACUGAUCCAGUUCUUUCCAAAUAUAGCAGUUCUGAGGCACUAAAUCAUAUUCUCGAAGUUCUUCCUCAAGUUUUAAAAUGUCAGAUGAUGAAAACCAGUCCAUGGGUGAUGACUUUCUUGAAGACCAAACUAGUGAUGCACAUUCUAGUGGGAGUGAUAGAAGCACAUAUCACGAGUCAAGUACAAAAAAGGAUGUCAUGUUCAAUGAAUAUGGGCAGCCUGUAGGUCUUGGAUCAGAGAAGUUUUCAACUGCAGUUGGAAAAAUUGCAAAGGCACAUUGUCCACCUGCAAUCAAAUCAUGGAAGAAUGUCAGUUCUACUAUCAAGAAUACCAUAUGGAACAAUGUUACUUAUGAGUAUUCUGUGCCAGAAGUGUAUAGGAAAAAAGUGCUAAGAAAAGCAAACAUUGCUUGGAAAAAUUGGAAAUCAUCACUUCGUAAGAAGUAUGAUAAACAUAAAACGGAUGUCGACCGGAAAAAAAACAGACCAAGAGGUAUGAAAAAAGAAGACUGGGAAGAGUUCAUUGUGUUCUGCUCCACGAAAGCAGACAAGGGUCGGCGUGAAAAGGGCAGAAAAGCAAGGGGAUGCGCUAAGAGACUACAUUCAUCGGGUAGGACUGGCUGUGCAAGGAUAGCUCACAAAAUGAAAGAGGAAAGUCUUACUGGGGACAUCAAUAGAACUGAAUUGUAUUUGAUCACACAUGUUAGAAAGGUUGGUUCUACCUCCAUGAGCACGAGUGAAGGCUUGGAUCAAAUAAGAAAGCUUGUAGCUGAUGAUCCAUAUUUGGGACACAAAGAUCUGGAUCAUGAUGCUGUUGCGAUGGUAUGUGGGCCUGAUGGAAAGGGUUAUGUACGUGGUAUGGGUGGAGGUGUUACAAAGACUGAGAUACGUGCUUCGGGUCCUUCUAGAGAAAUUGCUCGCAAAGAAAAGAAACAACAUGAAGUGAUUAACAAUGAAAUAAUAAUACUUAGAGAAGAAGUAGCUACAUUGAAGCAACUGGUCCAAAGUAAUGCAACAAAACCUCCACAAUCACAAGAGUUUCGUGAUACUUCUCAGGGAGGUGAAUCUGACCUCACUACAAGGACAUGUUUUUUGAAAAACUUAAGGAGAAAAGUUAUUGCUUAUGGACGCUUAAAUACGGAAGCUCCACCAAAUAAGGAAGCUUAAUUAUAGUAUCAUUAUUGAUGAGAUCUUUGAUGAUAGUGAGUAUCUAUAUGACAAGGAUGAGAAGUUUGAAGACAUAUUGGUUGGAGAACUCAUCAAUUGGCCAAAAGCAAAUGUUCAUUUCACUAGGAUCAAUUAAUGUUCAGUGCUACUUUUGUUCUUCGUUUUUGGUUUGCUUAUUUACAUUUCAGAUUCAGACUAGCAACUUGAAUAUUAGUUAAAAGGUCAAUUUGGACCAUGUGUAUGUGUUAAUGGCACUUGAUGAUCAAACCAUUCCAAA